GGAUGACCCCUUUGUGGUUCUGAUUCAGGUUGUGUGAAUCCCGAAGAAGGGGAAAUGGGGCAUCCUCAACCAGGGUCAUUUCCUGGCAUUUUAUUGGAUGUGAAAUUGUGAAUUGGACUUCCAUGAUUUGUUCACCUUUUGGGGGUUUGGCAGGUUGUGUGAACUCUGCUUGGAGGUAGAUAUAGAUCUAGGUUUUAAAAAGGAAGUCCUUUCUUGUAAGGAAAAAUAAUGCACAAUGCUCACACAAAUAUGCACAUAUAUGCAUGAAAGAGGACCUAUCUGUUUAAUGCCACUGCAGUCCUAUAACAGUUUACAAAAAUACUUUCUUCCCUGGGGAUGACUGUUGCUCAAUUGUUAAAUUCUCCAACUUUCUAAUUCUUGGGAUUGAUUUUUUGAUAUAUAUUUUUUUGCAUCGCAGGUACAGGAACUGGAAGCCUUUUGGACUUCAUCGCAGGUAAAAUUAUCUCUUGGAGAAAAAAAGCUGAAUGGCCGCCUGCGAUCAUUCCGGUGACUGUAGGAUCAGUUCUAUGAAUGAAAAGGCAUUUGGAGAUCCGCAAUAUCCCUUGGACCCAAUGGGAGUUACAUUAGAGGAGAGAGACAGAACGGAGACAAAACUUUUAGCAAGUGAAAGAACUGGAAAAGGCUCUUCUGCUGGACAGUUUGGGAUCUAUGGGGAGAUGUGGGCAAGAACUGGGCAGAUGAUUCUGGAGGAGGAAACCAUCAUCUCUUCAAAAAUUCAGCCCUGGAACUUGAGGAGCCUCCAAUACCAGGAGGCUGAGGGUCCCCGAGGACUUUGCACUCGUCUCCACGACUUUUGUAGACAAUGGCUGAGACCAGAAAAACACACCAAAGCUCAGAUGCUGGACCUGGUUGUUCUGGAGCAGCUCCUGGUUCUCCUUCCCCCAGAGAUGGUGAGUUGGGUGCGAGAGUGUGGAGCAGAGUCCAGCUCCCAGGCGGUGGCUCUGGCAGAAGGCCUCCUCCUGAGCCAAGCAGAGAAGCAGAAGGAACAGGUCAAGUUGCAGUCCUCUGUGGAGAUCAGAAAUCCUGAGGGGAGGAGUAAUCCAUCAAAUCCCCAUCAGGAGCUGCUUUUCAGGAGGAACCCUCAGGAAGAUCCAAGUCAGGAUACCUCAAAAGAGAAACAUAGAAUGAAAUUUUCUGAUCUUUAUGGUGGAGCUGAAACAGUGGUUGAACCUCCAACUGAAGAGGGCCUUGUGUCCUUUGAGGAGGUGGCUGUGUAUUUCUCCAAGGAGGAGUGGUCUCAGUUGGAUCCUGACCAAAAAGUGCUCCAUUUGGAAGUCAUGCUGGAAAACCAUAGGAAUGUGGCCUCUUUGGAUAACAGCAAAGAGAAUAAAGAUACCGAGGAACCAUUCCAAGUGUUCAAUGCUGGAGAUGAAACACAGAAGUCUGAAAUUCAAAUGGAAAUAGAAAGUCAUGAAAGAAACCAGACAAAUAAUUGGAAUCUGGAAAGCUCAUAUUCCAUUGAAACUCAGAUACAAGACUUUCUUGUUCAACAAGGAAAAAUAAAGAAAAAAUAUACUGGGAAAAAUGUAAACCUUUUGAAAGACAAAUUAGAAGUAAACGAACACAAUUCAACAGAACCCAAAAGAGAAGAUUAUAUAUGCAGAGAUAAUAGAAACAAUUACAAUUGGGCUUUCACCCUUCCUCAUGAAAAUGGGUCUCUUACAUCUUGUAAAAAGACCCAUGCAGAAGAGAAGCGAUAUAAAUGCUUGGAAUGUGGAAAGAGCUUCAAAAGAAGCAGUCAAGUUACUUCCCAUAACUGGAUCCACACUGGGGAAAAGCCAUAUAAGUGCAUGGAAUGUGGAAAAAGUUUCAGUGAGAGCCGUUCCCUUACAUCUCAUAAAUGGAUCCAUACAGGGGAGAAGCCAUAUAAAUGCAGACAGUGUGGGAAAGGGUUUGGUGAAAAUGCAUCGCUUGUGAAACAUAAAAGGAUUCACACAGGGGAGAAGCCAUAUAAAUGUGCGGAGUGUGGAAAGAGCUUUAUUCAGAGCAGUCAUCUUUCUUCCCAUAAAAGGAUUCACACAGGGGAGAAGCCAUACAAAUGCAGAGAGUGCGGAAAGGGGUUUACCAAUAGCAGUCAUCUUACUUCUCAUAAAAGGAUCCACACAGGAGAGAAGCCAUAUGAAUGCACAGAGUGUGGAAAGAACUUUACAAAUAGCAGUCAACUUAUUUCCCACAAUUGGAUCCACACAGGGGAGAAGCCAUAUAAAUGUUUGGAGUGUGGAAAGAGCUUUACUAAUAGAAGUCAACAUACUUCUCAUAAAAAAAUCCACGCAGGAGAGAAGCCAUAUAAAUGUGUGAAGUGUGGAAAAUCUUUUACUAAUAGCAGUCAACUAACUUCCCAUAACUGGAUCCACACCGGGGAGAAGCCAUAUAAAUGUCUUGAAUGUGGAAAAGGCUUCUGUCGAAGGAGUUCCUUUACUUCUCAUAAAAGGAUCCAUACAGGGGAGAAGCCGUAUACGUGCAGAGAGUGUGGAAAGGGCUUUACUAAUAGCAGUCAUCUUACUUCCCAUAAAAGGAUCCAUACAGGGGAGAAGCCGUAUAAAUGCCUGGAGUGUGGAAAGAGCUUCUGUGAAAAUGGGUCCCUUAUGAGACAUAAAAGGAUUCAUACAGGGGAAAAGCCGUAUAAAUGCCUGGAGUGUGGAAAGGGUUUCUGUGAAAAUGGGUCCCUUAUGAGACAUAAAAGGAUCCACACAGGGGAAAAACCAUAUAAAUGUGUGGAGUGUGAAAAGGGCUUCAGCCAACAGAGUAAACUUAUUUCCCAUAAAAGGAUCCAUACAGGGGAGAAGCCAUAUAAAUGCCUAGAGUGUGGCAAGAUUUUUAUUCAGAGCAGUCACCUUGCUUCCCAUAGAAGGAUCCACACAGGGGAGAAACCAUAUAAAUGCAGAGAGUGUGGAAAGAGCUUUAUUCAUAGUGGUUCUCUCACAUUCCAUAAAAGGAUCCAUUUGGGGGAGAAGCCAUAUAAAUGUGGGGAGUGUGGAAAAGGUUUCUGUGAAAAUGCAUCCCUUAUGAAACAUAAAAGAAUACACACAGGGGAGAAGCCAUUUAAAUGUGUGGAGUGUGGAAAGGGCUUCUGUGAAAAUGGGUCCCUACUGAGACAUAAAAGGAUUCACACAGGGGAGAAACCGUAUAAAUGCAGAGAAUGUGGAAAGAGCUUCCGUCAUAGUGGUUCCCUUACUUUCCAUAAAAGGAUCCACACUGGGGAGAAACCAUAUAAAUGUUUUGAAUGUGGAAAAAGCUUCAGGCGAAGCAAUGACCUAAUUUGCCAUACACAGAUCCAUUUGAAAGAGAAUAUAUGUACAUUUCAGAUUUACAUCCCUGUCAUUUUGCGCAGAAUCCACCAGGGUUGCAAAAGGAACGUCAGGCGCUUCCCCAUUGGGAGGCGGAGAGACUGCGGGAGAGUCUGGCGGGGCGUGAUCCAGACGUGCCCCGGUGGCUAUAGGAUCGGUCCUAUGAAUGAAAAGGCAUUUGGAGAUCUUCAAGAUUCCUUAGACCCAUUUGGAGUUGUGUUACAGGAUAGAGAAAACAUGGAGACACAAACUUUAGCAAGUGAGAGAGUUGGAAAAAGCCUUUUAUCUGUUCAGCCUGGGUGCUGGGAGGAGGUCUGGGCAAGAAUUGGGCAGAAGAUCAUGGAGGAAGAAACCAUCAUGCAUUCAGAAGUUCAGCCCUGGAACCUCAGGGGCCUCCAAUACCAGGAAGCUGAGGGUCCCCGAGGACUUUGCAGCCGACUCCACGACUUUUGUAGGCGAUGGCUGAGACCAGAAAUACACACUAAAGCACAGAUGAUGGACCUGGUUGUUCUGGAACAGCUCCUGUUCCUUCUGCCCCCAGAAAUGGAGAAAUGGGUGCGGGAGUGUGGAGCAGAGACCUCUUCCCAGGCAGUGGCCCUGGCAGAAGCUUUCCUCUUGAGCCAGGUGGAGGAGCAGAAGGAGCAGGUCAAGUCCUUUGCUCUGGAGAUCAGAGAUCCUGAGGGAAGGAGUAAUCUAUCAAAUCCCUCUCAGGAGCUGCUUUGCGGGAGGAUAUCUCAGGAAGAUCCAAGUCAGGACAUCUCAGGAGGGAAGACUCAAAUGAAGUUUUCUGCUCUUUAUGAUGGAGAUGAAACAAUGGUUGAACUUCCAACUCAAGAGGGUCCAGUGUCUUAUGAAGAGGUGGCUGUAUAUUUCUCCGAGGAGGAGUGGUCUCAGCUGGAUGCUCACCAAAAAGUUCUGCAUUGGGAAGUCAUGCUGGAAAAUCAAAGGAAUGUGGCCUCUCUAUGUAAUGAUGGGCAGGAGAGUAAAGAUUCUGGGGAACCAUUCCCAAUGAUGAGCUCUGGAGACGGAAUGCAGAAGAACCAACCAAUGCAAAUGCAACUAGGAAGCCAUGAGAAAAAACUGUUAAAUAAUUGGAAUCAGGGAAGCUUAUCUUCCAUUGAGGCUCUGAUGAAAGACUUUCUUGCCCAAGAAGGGAAAACAAAGAAGAAACAUUUUGAGAAACGUGUGCGGCAAUUAAAAAAUAAAUUAGAUGUAAAUGAACACUAUCCAAUGCAAACCAAAGGACAAGCUCAUGUGCAAAGAGACAAUGGGAAAAAAUUAAGUUGCACUUGGUCUUUUGGUCAUAAAAAGGGAUCCGGUACAUCUAAAAAAAAAAUUCACCCAGGAGAGAAGCCAUAUAAAUGCAUGGACUGUGGAAAAAGCUUCUGUGAAAAUGGUUCUCUUACUAUUCAUAAAAGAAUCCACACAGGAGAGAAGCCAUAUAAAUGUUUGGAGUGUGGGAAGAGUUUCAGGAGAAGCAGUCAAUUUACUUCCCAUAAAUGGAUCCACACAGGGGAGAAGCCAUAUAAAUGCAGUGUAUGUGGAAAGGGCUUCUGUGAAAAUUCAUCCCUUCUGAAACAUGAAAGGAUCCACACAGGGGAAAAGCCAUAUAAAUGCAGAGAGUGUGGAAAGACCUUCAUUCAGAGCAGUCAUCUUACUUCCCAUAAAAGGAUUCACACGGGGGAGAAGCCAUAUAAAUGUAGAGUAUGUGGAAUGAAUUUCAGUAGAUGUGGAUCCCUUACUUUCCAUAAAAGGAUCCACACAGGGGAGAAGCCAUAUAAAUGUGUGGAGUGUGGGAAAAACUUUAUUAAAAGGAGUGUACUGACUUCCCAUAAAAGGAUUCACACAGGAGAGAAGCCAUAUAAAUGUUUGGAGUGUGGAAAGGCCUUCAGUCAACAGGGUAAUCUUGCCUCCCAUGAAAGGAUGCACAGUGGGGAGAGGCCUUACAAAUGCCGAGAGUGUGGAAAGACCUUCUCUGAAAACGCAUCGCUUACAAAGCAUAAAAGGACCCACACAGGGGAAAAACCAUAUAAUUGUUUGGAGUGUGGGAAAGGUUUUGGUACUAGUAGUAAUCUUAAUUCCCAUAAAAGAAUCCAUGCAGGGGAAAAGCCAUAUAAAUGCAUGGAGUGUGGAAAGACUUUCACUAAUAGCAGCCAACUUACUUCCCAUAAGUGGAUCCACACAGGGGAGAAGCCAUAUAAAUGUGCCAAGUGUGGAAAGGCCUUCAGUCAACAGGGCAAUCUUACCUCCCAUGAAAGGAUGCACAGUGGGGAGAGGCCUUAUAAAUGCCCAGAGUGUGGAAAGAGCUUUUUCGAGAAUGCAUCCCUUACGAAACAUAUAAGGAUCCACACUGGGGAAAAACCAUAUAACUGCUUAGAGUGCGGAAAGAGUUUUACUACCAAAAGUAAUCUUAAUUCCCAUAAAAGAAUCCAUGCAGGGGAGAAGCCAUAUAAAUGCAUGGAAUGUGGAAAGACUUUUACUCAAAGCAGUAAUCUUACUUCUCAUAAAAGAAUCCAUAUAGGCGAUAAACCUUAUAAAUGCAUGGAAUGUGGAAAGGGCUUCUGUGAAAAGGCACCUCUUAUGAGACACAAAAGGAUCCAUUUGGAAGAGAAGCCAUAUAAAUGCAUGGAGUGUGGAAAGUUCUUCUGUCAAAAGUCAUCUCUUAUAAGACACAAAAAGAUCCAUACAGAGGACAAGGGUGCAGAGUGUGGAAAGAGUUUCAGGACAAGGGAUGGCCUAAUUUCCCAUACACAGAUCCAUUUGGUUAGGAAUAUUCAAGAGGAUGAGAAUGAAAACAACUCCAGUGUGCUGACAUUACAAAUGAUCAAGCAAGAAGGAAGAUCUUUGGAAAUCUGUGAGGACCAAAAUAAAACAGUAUGAA